AGAAAGAGAACUCUGUCUUUUGUUGCACGGGGUGAGGAGGAGGCAGCAGCCCUGGCCUUGAUGCUAUCUCCCAUCACCUCUGCUAUCCAGACAGGACGCUCCGAGAAAAGCGUGGUCUCUGGGCUGGUGAACGUAAUAUCGGUCCCAGUCAGAAAAGGAGAGAGGAAAUGAGCGGAGCUGCUGCUGGAGAAUGAUCUCUGUCAAAAGAAGCCCUCGGCCAGCACUGGGUUUAGCGAUAGGGGACUGCCGCAAACAGGGGAGCUUCGAAUAUUGUCAAGAUCGUACUGAGAAGCACUCCACAAUGCCAGACUCACCUGUGGAUGUGAAGACGCAAUCGAGGCUGACUCCUCCGACGAUGCCACCGCCCCCAACCACUCAAGGAGCUCCAAGAACCAGUUCAUUUACACCUACAACGUUAACUAAUGGCACGAGCCAUUCACCUACAGCCUUGAACGGCGCCCCCUCGCCGCCCAAUGGCUUUAGCAACGGGCCUUCCUCUUCUUCCUCUUCUUCUUUGGCUAAUCAACAGCUGCCCCCAGCCUGUGGAGCCAGGCAACUCAGUAAGCUGAAACGGUUCCUUACGACCCUGCAGCAGUUUGGCAAUGACAUUUCACCAGAGAUAGGAGAGAGAGUCCGCACUCUUGUACUAGGAUUGGUGAACUCUACUUUGACAAUUGAAGAAUUUCAUUCCAAACUGCAAGAAGCUACUAACUUCCCACUGAGACCUUUUGUCAUCCCAUUUUUGAAGGCCAACUUGCCCCUGCUUCAGCGUGAGCUCCUCCACUGCGCAAGACUGGCCAAACAGAACCCUGCCCAGUACCUCGCCCAGCAUGAACAGCUGCUUCUGGAUGCCAGCACCACCUCACCUGUUGACUCCUCAGAGCUGCUUCUCGAUGUGAACGAAAACGGGAAGAGGCGAACUCCAGACAGAACCAAAGAAAAUGGCUUUGACAGAGAGCCUUUGCACUCAGAACAUCCAAGCAAGCGACCAUGCACUAUUAGCCCAGGCCAGCGGUACAGUCCAAGUAACGGCUUAUCCUACCAGCCCAAUGGCCUGCCUCACCCCACCCCACCUCCACCCCAGCAUUACCGUUUGGACGAUAUGGCCAUUGCCCACCACUACAGGGACUCUUAUCGACACCCCAGCCACAGGGACCUCAGGGAAAGAAACAGACCUAUGGGGUUGCAUGGCACACGUCAAGAAGAGAUGAUCGAUCAUAGACUCACAGACAGAGAAUGGGCAGAGGAAUGGAAACAUCUUGACCAUCUGUUAAACUGCAUAAUGGACAUGGUAGAAAAGACCAGGCGGUCUCUCACUGUGCUCCGGCGGUGUCAGGAAGCAGAUCGCGAGGAGCUGAAUUAUUGGAUCCGGCGGUACAGCGACGCGGAGGACCUGAAAAAGGGUGGCAGUGGAAGCAGCAGUCACUCCCGGCAGCAGAGUCCCGUCAACCCAGACCCUGUCCCACUAGACGCGCAUCGGGAGUUCCUUCACAGGCCCGCUUCUGGAUAUGUGCCAGAGGAGAUCUGGAAGAAAGCUGAGGAGGCCGUCAACGAGGUGAAGCGCCAGGCGAUGACGGAGCUACAGAAGGCCGUGUCCGAGGCAGAGCGGAAAGCCCACGACAUGAUCACAACCGAGCGAGCCAAGAUGGAGCGCACAGUGGCCGAGGCCAAGAGGCAGGCAGCGGAGGACGCACUCGCGGUCAUCAACCAGCAGGAGGAUUCGAGCGAGAGUUGCUGGAAUUGUGGCCGUAAGGCGAGUGAGACCUGCAGCGGCUGUAACACAGCCCGAUACUGUGGCUCGUUUUGCCAGCACAAAGACUGGGAAAAGCAUCACCACAUCUGCGGACAGACCCUGCAGGCCCCGCCGCAGGGAGACACGCCCGCCGCCAGCUCCUCUGUCACACCCACCAGCGGGGCUGGUAGCCCAAUGGACACACCACCAGCAGCCACUCCGAGGUCGACCACCCCGGGGACCCCUUCCACCAUAGAGACAACCCCUCGUUAGACCUGAACUCAGAACUGUCGGAGGAAAGACACUAAAACCAACACGAAACCGAUUCCUCAUCCUCAGAUGCUCAAAGUUGUUUUGUUUUGUUUUGUUUGUUUAUAGAUGAACUAUCAUAUUUCAGUACUUCAGCAAGAGAGGACUUACUGUAUCUUGAGGUGGUAGGUACACUACAGAGGGCCAGUAACGAACGGGUCGUGAUGACUUAUGUGGAUAACAAAGAUAUCUUUUCUUUAGAAAACUGAAAAGAGAGCAGCGAAUAUAACAUACAAUGGUAGAUUUGACCUCCUCCCUGUUAUUUUCCAAUAGCUGGGAUUUAAAACUAGAUGACCUCAUUAACCGAUGCUUUACCAAACAGCAAACCAAGAGAUUGCUAAUUGCUGUUGAAAGCAAAAAAAAAAAGCUAACACUAAAAGUCACAAUGUCCUUUAUAUACAAUAAUGGGAAGACAAAAAAAACACAAAAACCCGAGGUGAGUCCUCAAGGGCAUGAGCAUUGGAUACAGCAGUAGACAUUUUUAACAAGAAGAUGAAUGCGGUCCGUGGGUUGCUAACUGAACUUUGAAGACCCGCCACAAAAUGCGCAGAUGUGCAGCAGAUUGGAAGGAGACACAGAUGUUCGGGUGGUUUUUUGGUUUUUUUCUUCUCUCUCCUGUUUCUGAAAAGAAAUAAUACUAUCCAGGUCAACCGAAUGAAAAAUGAAGUAUGAUUUGCAGUGGGAUGUAUGAAUACAACAGCAAAAAAAAAAAAAUUGCCAUCAUACAAAAGGCUCCUUUUUCAAAAAUACACACACACGUAAGAGACUCAGCCUGCAGCUAAUUAGCAUGCCGGCAGCGCUGACAUCAGCUGGCUGCCCUCAAUGACCCUUCAACGAUUCUUCGCUUUGGCAGGGUUCCGCAGAGUAAGACGUUGGGUCUAUUCCAGCUCAUACAUUUUAUAUUAAAAUACUUUUUAAAAAUUGGUAACUCCAGCUCCAGCCCCUUUCCAAAUUUUUCAACCCCACCCUGUUUGGAUUUUUAAGGAAAAACUAGUAGUUCUCUUGGUGUUAAAACACUUCUGUCCUGUGAGGUUUCCCAAUGGUGUUUUUCCUUGUAAAUGUGUUGGACAAAUGUGAACAUGCAUUGUAGUGGACCCAUAUGCCCACAUUUAGUCUCUUUAUUCCUAGUUGGUGAGAAACCUGUAUCUUUCUAUGCUGCUUUUAUAUCUGUAUGUAUUAGUGAUAUUUCUCUAGUAGUUAAAAAAAAAAAAGGAAAAAGGAAAAAAAAACUUUUUGGUUGUCCUCAAGAAAAGAAAAGAAAAAGCUAUCUUUCGGAGCUGCUAUUUCACUCUCUUAUAGGAUUUUUUUUUUUUCCUGAAAACCAGCAUGCUUCACGGAAUGCUAACAUAUUGGUGUUUUUGUAAGAGGGAUGUACAUAAAUGUAUUUUGCACUGUCACAACGACUCCCUAGGCAUGCUUUUCUUUCUCUUUUUUUGUUUUUGUUUUUUGGAGCAAACUUUUAAAAUAUGCUAGAGCCAUUUCAACAAGUUUAGCUGUAGCAUAGAGUAGUAGUGGAAUUUUUCUUUCUAUUUUCUUUUUGUUUGGGAAAAAACAUUAUUAGGGACUUUUUAAAAAAAAAUAAAAUAAGAUAUUCUACUUAAAAAAAAAGACAGUGCAUGCAUAUUGCUGUAAGGUCGUUUAAGUAUUUCUAAUUUUGCAAAAAAAGAAAAAAAAAGAUAAAUCAUUAGAGCUCCAAAUGCUGAGGUGUAGAUCGACAGCUUUCCCACUGCUGAAUGCCAGCUCCGCCAGUGUUCUUACACAAAAAGGGAAGGCAGCCAAAGACUGACCUGAUGGACCAAAAUCAGAAUUUUGAAAAGCACCAGUUACUACUUUCCAAAUGAUCAGCAGGUUAAACAUGUCCAGCAAGGUAUAGUGUGAAUCUAUUAACCCUUCGUUGUCCAGGGUCCAGACCAGAACUACUUGUUAGUUUUGAAAACCGUAGCCCAGGAUGUGGUUGUGUGCUUUAAGAAGAGUCCGCAGUACUGCAGGCUGUGUAGACAACCAAAGUUCUCAAGGCUGGGAGACACUUCUCCGCUUACAUCAGCACCAGGCAUUGAUUUUAUUUUAUUUUUUCAUAAUGAAAAUGAUCCAUUCGUUCUUGUGUUUUGUGUUCAAAUUUUUUAAUGUAACCUUCGGACAUCAUCUUCAAUGGCUUGUUCAGUAUCUGCAUAGAGGCAACCUAAAAUUGGUUUGCUUCACAUCUCAGAAAUAGAACGUUUUAGCCCCUUCCUUUAAAAAAGAAAAUCCUCCCACCCCCUUGUGCAUUUUCAUACACAUAUCGGUUUCCAUUUUGUUUGGGUGAUGGUAAUGUUUUCCUAACAGUUUUUUGGUUUAGAAAGUUCUGAUAAGCAAACAAAACCAUCUAUCUGCAUGCAUGUUGGAAGUCCGUCUGCCAGCACACCUGCUGAAAGUGAAAGGAAAGCACAUGACCAGGCUCCGAACGGGUUCUAUCUAAUCAUGGUGCUCCCAGAAUCCUUUGACCUCACUCUGCUUUCUAGUCUGCUUGUGACACUGGACAGUCCUUUCUUACAGAGCUAUUAUAUGUUCUAGGCUACGAAGGGUUAAAUCAUCCCAAAAAUGAGCUAUGUCAUACCCACACGUCUUUGCUCUAGAAGCUGUGAUAUAUGUGAAACAGCACUGUUAUUCUCGACACUAGUGUGUAAAAUAAGGAUUAGUACAGUACGUCUCAUCACUUUUAAUUCAGGGCACCCUGAGUGAAAACAAAUACAAAAAAAAAAAAUCCCUAAACUCUGAGCUCUAUCUCUGAUUCCUCUUCCUCCUGCCCUUCUUCCUCCUCCUCUUCCUCUCCUCCUGUUUUGCUACAUUCUCCUCAGUGGCAAAAAGUUUCACUCUACCUCUGACAGCAUGUAUAUUGCACCAGUAGCUAACAGAAACUGGUCUAGUCAAACCAAAUGGGCACAAAAGAACCAGGAUACCAAAAGUUAAGCUCAUACAGCUGCAAACCAUAUCACUUCUUGGUAACAAUGCAGACCUCAUAAACCUAAAGAAGAGAAAGCAAAGAAAACGUUUGUUACUUUCCUUUUUUGCUUGUCACUUAUAUACAGGCUAUGUGAGAGUAUAAUUUGUAGGUAUAACACAUUUGAAAAGUUAUCUUCAUUGGAUAGAAUUGAAUGGUGGUCGCUGAUAGGAAUAGGGCGUCCUUGGUCUCUUAUCUCUGUCUCUUACUCUUCUCUUUCUCUUUUUCUCUGUCAUAAGGCUGUGUGUGACAGGGCCACCUGUCUUUUAAAUUUUUUUUCUUUCUUUUUUUUUUUUUUUUUGAUGUAGGUGCAUGUCUUGGGGAUUUAAAAAUUUCAAGGCUGGUUUACUUAUGCAAAGCAUGCCUACCGUCUGGAAUACUUAGGGAAAGAAAGCAACCCCAUGUUGUCCGAAUCCCUCAAGGGACAGAAAAAACAACUGGAGACUGUUGAAAUGCAGAUUUGAAGUCCUUUUUUAAACUAUUGUUUUGGGUUCUGCGACAUUAUUGUGAAAAAUUACAGUUGUUGUGCAAUACUGAAUUCAGACAUGUACCACAAGUUAAUGGUAGACUAACACUGGGGGGUGGGGUCUAGGCAUCAUGCUUUCGUCAGCAUACUCUUGAGCUUUUAAGUCUACUAUGUCUGAACUGUGGUUUCUUGUUUAUCCUUUUUCCUUAGUUGGACUGUAAUGUAUGGUCUGUCAACCUGUGAAUCUUUUAAAGUAUGAUUCAGGUAUUGUUGUAUUCUUUACUGUGUAAUAAAAAAAGUUAA